AGAAAAUGAAAAGGUAACAACAGAAUCUCAACUAGUCUACUAGACACUACAACGAGUCUGUAGUCACCGUAUUUUGUAGUCUCUGAUUCUGGUUCUCACUGUCACUUCAAUUCUAGGGUUUGUUCGAAUCGAAUUCAAAACGAAGCCAAAAGAUAUCUCUUCUAAUCGAAUUCUCACGCGUGUUUUCUGUCCAGCUGUGAGUAUGUCAGGGGAGGUGGAGUACCGUUGCUUUAUUGGUGGCCUUUCAUGGUCAACAUCUGAUAGAGGUUUAAAAGAUGCAUUUGAAAAGUUUGGCCAUCUUCUUGAGGCAAAGGUUGUUGUUGACAAGUUCUCAGGUCGUUCUCGUGGAUUUGGGUUUGUCACUUUUGACGAGAAAAAAGCAAUGGAAGAUGCUAUUGAAGCUAUGAAUGGAAUUGAUUUAGAUGGGAGAACUAUAACUGUGGAUAAAGCUCAACCACAACAAGGUUCAGGAAAGGAUCAUGAUGGUGACCGUUACCGUAGCCGUGAUCGUGGGCGUGAUCGUGACCAUAACCGUGACUAUGGCGGUGGGCGUGGAUCUAAUGGUGGAGAGUGUUUUAAGUGUGGCAAGCCUGGACAUUUUGCUAGGGAGUGCCCUAAUGAAGGGGCGAGAGGGGGUAGGUAUGGUGGUAGGGAUGAUAAAUAUGGUAACAGUGGUGGUGGUGGCGGUGGUCGUUAUGGUCCUGACAGAAAUGGUGAUCGAUCUGGUGGGCGCAACAGAGAUGCUGGCAGUCGUGGUGGUUCUGGAGGUGAUCGCUAUAAUCGUGACCGUUCUGGACCUUAUGAACGUCGAGGAGCAGGAGGCUUUCGUUCUGGAUAAAUGACUGCUUCUGAUCUUGCAGGGGAGUUGGAGUCGCUGCUUAUACUACCCGAAGAGCAUGAAGCUUCUGAUUACUGGAUGUGUUUUCUUCGUUAUUUUCUGGGUGGAUCAGUACCAUACAUCAGUCUUUUGACUCCAAAACUUGGCACAAAUAUUCAACUGUUAAUUGUUCCUAAAAUGCUCAAUUUGAUGUUUUGGCUGAAGGAGUCUUGUGCUUUCUGACAUGAAGUUUCGAAUUUGUUGUUUUACUCUUUGAAUGCCAUAAUAUCUGCUCCAUUCUUGUUACUUAUUUAUAA